AUGCCCCAAGCAAAGAUGCUCACGCGGAGCACGGAAAGAAAAGGCGCUCCUCCUCCUCCAGCCUUCGUCCCUCCCUCUUUCCCCUGCUCUCAACUAGAGUGCCAGCUUUCCCGGGCUCCGACUUCAGUGCGACUAAAGACACCGAGCGCAGGGAGAGAAAGCAGAGCGUUUGAGCCAGAGUGCGGCUCAGAGAGAAAGAAGACGACCGGCUGCUCCGAGGCGCCGCACAACAGCUUGGCCCGAGCACGGUCACCAGGCCUCAGAAGCGCAGGAAGAGGUGGGCCGGGUAAGCUGGCAGGCCCAGUUGUGGGCGCAUGGCCAUGGGGGGGCCGCAUCCCUUCCUCCACCCUGCAACGGGACAGACGCUGGGGGUUUUGGGGUGGUGGCCCCUUCAGAGGUGCGUCCAGACUCUCAGAGCUGAGGCCUUGGCUAAGCCGAGCCCCCCAAGGGUCGGGGGCCGCAGGUCCUAACGUGGAAGGGAGCGGAGGGGUCAGAUGUUCCCGCAGAGUCCUGGUCGUCCUCGGCUCUCUGGUUCUCAUCUUUUUCACCUCGCUCUUCUUCUCCGUCUCUCUGCGGGGGAGCAUCGGAUUCAACUACCUGGAGCCGCCCGGAUGGGAGGAGUCUCGGCGGGUGAAGCUGGUGCCCAGUUACGUGGGCGCCCACAGACUGUACCCCCCUGAUUCCCAGCAACAGAAAACAUGUGCCUGUCCUCGUUGUGUUGGAGACCCCGGGGUAUCGGACUGGUUUGAUGAAAACUAUGACCCAGAUGUCUCACCUGUGUGGACGAGAGACAACAUCCAGCUGCCCUCUGAUGUUUACUACUGGUGGGUGAUGUUGCAGCCCCAGUUUAAAUCUCACAGCAUCCAGCAGGUGCUGCUCAGGUUGUUCCAGGUGAUUCCCGGAAGAUCUCCGUACGGCUCCUGGGAUCCGGCACGAUGCCUGCGGUGCGCCGUGGUGGGGAACUCCGGAAACCUGCGCGGGGCUGCAUAUGGGACCACCAUCGACGAACACAACUACGUCAUGAGAAUAAACUUAGCCCCGACGGUGGGUUACGAGGAAGACGCCGGCAGCCACACCACUCACCACUUCAUGUACCCGGAGAGCGCCAAGAACCUGGCGGCCAACGUCAGCUUUGUCCUGGUUCCUUUUAAAACUCUGGAUCUGCUUUGGAUCACCAGCGCGCUGUCCAGCGGCCAGAUCCGAUUUACCUACGCUCCAGUGAAGCAGUUCCUCCGUGUGGAUAAAGACAAGGUUCAAAUUUUUAACCCAGCAUUCUUCAAAUACAUCCACGAUCACUGGACCAGGCAUCACGGUCGCUACCCGUCCACGGGCAUGCUAGUGCUCUUCUUCGCGCUGCACGUCUGCGAUGAGGUGAACGUGUUUGGCUUCGGGGCAGACGGUCGUGGAAACUGGCACCACUACUGGGAGCAGAACCGUUAUGCUGGGGAGUUCCGAAAAACGGGGGUCCACGAUGCAGACUUCGAAGCCCAGAUCAUUGAGAGACUGGCUCAAGCUGGAAAAAUCACUGUGUUCCCGGGAAAAUAGCGCAAGAACAUGCCAACUUAUUCAAGGACAUCGGAUGGAAAUCUGGAGAAGUCGUAAACACUGCGGUGUGUUGAACAGUUACAAGUUGGGGGGUUUCUACAGAGGCUAAAACAGUCAUUUUUGAGAUGCAUCAUAACAGAUUCAAUUAAAUCACUCCCUCGUGAUAGGAUGUGGACCAUGGCUUAAGACGUGACGAUUUAUCGAUGCCAAAAUCAUGAAGAGUAGUCAGUAGGGGUGUAACGGUACGUGUAUUCGUAUUGAACCAUUUCGAUACGGGGGUUUCGGUUCGGAGGUGUACCGAACGAGUUUCCACACGGCACAUAUUAAGUAGCAUACCGCACGUUGUGUAAACAAUGCACACCGAGGCACAACACACCGCAUGCUAGCAGCGACCGGGCCUCCUCUUUUCACCGGGUAUGUCCUCUUUUGCGGGGCUGUCCGGGUGGAGUUUCUUAAAUGCCUCAAAUGUCCGGCAUUUUAAGUUAGAGUUGCGUGUAUUUUCAAUGUACGUUCGGGGUUAAAAACAAAACAAAUUAUGCAUUCGUGAGGGAGGGGCAGAAAAAGAGAGAGGGAGAGAGUUAUGAUAAACGCGCAUGCGUGGCCAGGCUCUGCUUUUUACCCAUAGAUUUAUCAGAUUUUAUUUUUUAUUAUCAAUAGCAGGGCUUGUCAAAAGUGUGCCCCGGAGGCCAUUUGCGGCCCACAGCUAAUGUUUUAAAGGCCCACAGCACAUUCUAAAAAUAUUAUUAAAAUAAACAAAAACAUCACAAAAAUGAAAUAAAAAAGCUUAAAAGUUAAAUGUAAUUUAGAAGAAGUUGCAAUGUUGACUAAUAAAAUAAAAGCUGUUUUUUCUUUCAAACUGUCAUUGCUCAAAACAUAAUAUUGAAUCAAAAUCAAUAUUAUUUUGAAUUAUUGACCUAUCCAAGGUUCUGAUUACCGCACAUCAAAUAUUUCACUAAGAAAAAUAUUUUUGGUGGACGAUUGUGCAAAUUUGGUCAAUAAAUGACCCAAAAUUUUAUGUUUUCUUACUGUACGGAAAAUGAACCGAACCGUGACCUCUAAAUCGAGGUACGUA